AUGUCUAUGGCUACUUCCCAUACCACCAACACAAGCAGUGACAUUCCUAUUGAACAAGUCCCAGUCACCUCGCCGCCCGGUCUCGCUGCGCAGGACAAGGUUCUGGUGCAGGAGCUGGCCCCGAUCUCUACUCGACAAUCUCGUAUCGGAAGCCAAGCAGACGCGAGAGAGCUUGGGAUUCGGCAGACGGUGUCAAACCAAGCCGUGGUCAUUUUGCUACCCCAGAUGACCCGAGAUCUCAAAAUACCACCUAACCGCCAACAAUGGAUCGUCUCAACCUUCGCCCUAACCUCCGGUUCCUUCCUCUUGUUGUUUGGAAAGCUCGGAGACGUCUACGGGAAGAGAGCCUUCUUUAUCUUAGGGUGUUUUUGGGUCACGGUGACAGCACUCGCGACGGCCUUCUCCCCCAUCGAGCUCGUUACAUAUGUCAUGCGUGCAUUGCAUGGUUUGGGAUCAGCUGCCACCAUUCCCAGCGCUAUUGGCAUCAUUGGCUAUACCAUUCCUCCGGGGCGGGUCAAAACAUACAGUUUUGCGUUUUAUUCUGGCGGAGCUCCUGCUGGGCAGGUCUUAGGUAACCUCUUGGGUGGGUUAAUCUCUGAAUAUACUAGCUGGAAGGUUGUCUUCUUUGCUAUUGCUGGAGUGUCCUUUAUUGUUGGUAUUAUCGCAAUUUUUGUGAUCCCCAAGGAGCCCGCAAGCAAAGCUCCUAGCGAUGAUCAACCUCGUGCUUCGGGUGUUGACUGGACUGGGGCUUUCCUUUUCACAUCGGGUACGCUCCUCCUGCUCAUUGCAUUAUCGCAAGGCGUAUCCCAAGGUUGGCGAACACCGUUCGUGAUUGCCGUUCUUAUUGUAUCAGUUAUUUUACUGGCUGUAUUUAUCUAUUGGCAACACUAUCUCGAGACUAAAUCACUAAGAGAGCCGUUGAUGCAUGUUUCAACAUUCAAAACUGCUAGAUUUUCCUUCGCAAUGGUUAUAAUAUUCUUUUUCUCUGGGGGAUUCACCAAUUAUUUGGUAUACUCGACAUAUUUUUACCAAGACUACCAACUUCUCUCACCAAUACAAACGACUCUACGGUUCAUACCCCUUGGAAUAGUUGGGAUGGCUAGCACAGUUGCAUCCGGAUACCUCUUAUCACGAGUCCGUGGCAAUUUUAUCCUCAUAUUUGGGCUCGUACUAGCUUCAUUGUCCAACCUGCUCUUUGCUGUUCCAAUUCCGCCCUCAACAUCCUACUUCGCAUAUGGAUUCCUAGCUAUGUGUUUUGCCGCUGUCGGAGCGGAUACGAUUUAUCCUUGUAUCGGUCUCUUCACAACUCAGGCAUUACCAAGGAAAGAUCAAGGUGUGGCCGGUGCAAUGUUCCAAACAGUCGCCUCGAUGGGGAGAGCGAUGUUCUUACCGGUUACCGCUGCUGUCCAAUAUAGUACCCAGAACAAGUUGACCGUGAAUGGUCACGGGGAAACAUAUGCGCUUCUAGAAGGCUUGCGGGCUGCUGAAUGGCUUUGUUUUGCUCUUAUGGCAGUUUCGCUCCUGGUCACUAUAUUGGGAUUGAGGGAUAUUGGAAGAAUUGGGCAGUUGAAGAAGUUGGGGCAGGUUCAAUCAGGGUCGGCGGAAAUUGAUACUGAAAAGUGA